GAGAGGGGGAAUAUUAUGGGAUGUCUGCCCCCUUUGUGUGUUUGUGAGGAUGUUAGCUAAGCGCUGCCUGCAAGGUAGGGGGAACUAGAAGUGGGGGACUCAGCCGCGUGUUUGGGGUCAUUACGAAAAGAAACAGAGAUAUCGCUCGGGAAUUAAUGAGUGAGCACUCUAGGACAACAUUUAGCGCUGAAGCAGCCUGAUUGGUUUUAUAUCGAGCUCCGAAAGAGGGAGCACACCAAGCACCGGGACUACACGCACACUACACACCAAACGUCCCCCCCCCCCAACUCACUCCCCCUCCACCCUCCCUUCCUGGACACCCCCGGUCCGUUCUCCAACCAGUCCCACGUCAUUUUCCCUCCUCCCUCGCUGACCGAGGGUUUACGUGGGAUUAAUUCGCCCUGCAACAAAAUAAAAAUUAAAAAAUAAAAUUAACCCACAGAGAGAGGGAAAAUGUCGUGUAGCGAAGAUGAAAGGGACGACUUUGGAGCAGCGGAGGAGCAUUCAAUUCUUCACGAUGAAGAAGAGCCGGAGGAUGUUGUGUCCGACCUGGACGAGGUACCCAAGUCGAAGAAGAAGAAGAAAGCCAAGAAGAGCAACCGAGAGAGCAGGAGCAGCAAGAGGCAAAGACCCAUCCGGGAGGAACUGCCGGUCAGCUCCCCAGAGCAUCUGAUGGGACUGGAGGCGGCAGAGAGGGAUGCUGAUGAGGGAGGGAUGCGGUCAGAGAGUGAAGGCAGUGAUUAUGCCCCUGGGAGAAAAAAGAAGAAACGCUCAAGCUCUGCAAAAGACAAAAAGAAAGGAGGCGGGACAGGAGAGAAGGGAGGUUCUAAGAGCAAACGUAAAGAUCCUGAACCCGAAGAUGACGAUGACGACGAUGAUGAUUGCCAGCCUAAAAGCUCCGGCCAGCUGCUGGAGGCCUGGGGAAUGAAAGACAUUGAUCAUGUCUUCACUCAGGAAGACUACAGCUCCCUAACUAACUACAAGGCCUUCAGCCAGUUUGUAAGGCCUUUAAUUGCCGCUAAAAAUCCUAAAAUCCCUGUAUCGAAGAUGAUGACCUUAAUGAUGGCUAAGUGGAGAGAAUUCAGCACAAACAACCCACUAAAGGGUUGUGCCACAGCUAAUGCAGCCCUGGCAGCUGCCAGUGUGGCUGCAGUAGUGGAAAACAUGGUGGUUUCUGGAACUGACGGUAAUGCUGAGGCUGCCCCUGCUGCCUCCCCUGCAACUGCUCCUCCUGCUCCUGUCGUUGUUGCUGCUCCAACACCUGCACCACCCCCAGCUCCAGCUCCUCCUCUUCGCAAAGCUAAGACCAAAGAGGGAAAAGGUCCAAAUGCUCGUAAAAGGUCAAAACCUACACCCAAACCUCCUCCUAAGCCAAAACCCAAAAAGGUGGCUCCACUGAAAAUCAAACUAGGCGGCCUCAACAGCAAGAGAAAGCGCUCCUCUAGCGAUGAAGAUGAGCUCGAUGGCGACAGCGACUUCGAGGAUGGAAGUUUCUCUGUGUCCGAUGGCUCUAGCCGCAGCAGCCGUCUUAAGAAGAAGUCAAAAAAUGCAAAAAAGAAGAAGAAAGUGGAGACGGAGGAUGGAGAUGGUUAUGAAACUGACCACCAGGACUACUGUGAGGUGUGCCAGCAGGGAGGAGAGAUCAUUUUGUGUGACACCUGUCCCAGAGCUUAUCACAUGGUGUGUCUGGAUCCUGACAUGGAGAAGGCUCCUGAGGGCAAGUGGAGUUGUCCACACUGUGAGAAGGAGGGGAUCCAGUGGGAGGCAAGAGAUGAUCUGUCUGAGGCUGAAGGGGAGGAUGAUGACGAUAGGAGAGACGAUGGCAUGGAGGAGGAAGAUGACCACCACAUUGAGUUCUGCAGAGUGUGUAAGGAUGGUGGAGAGCUGCUCUGCUGUGACACCUGCCCCUCCUCCUACCACCUCCACUGCCUGAACCCUCCUCUCCCUGAGAUUCCCAACGGAGAAUGGAUCUGCCCCCGCUGCAAGUGUCCUCCAAUGAAAGGAAAGGUGCAGAAGGUUUUAACCUGGCGGUGGGGGGAACCUCCACCCUCCAUGCCUGUCCCCCGGCCUGCUGACCUGCCUGCUGAUGCUCCUGAUCCCCCUCCUCUGGCUGGCCGGCGGGAGAGGGAGUUCUUUGUCAAAUGGUGCAAUAUGUCCUACUGGCACUGCUCCUGGGUGCUGGAACUGCAGCUGGAGCUGAACUGCCAGGUGAUGUUCCGUAACUAUCAGAGGAAGACUGAUAUGGAUGAACCUCCACCUGUGGACUUUGGAGGAGAAGGUGAUGAUGACAAGAGCAGCAAGAGGAAAAACAAAGAUCCUCUGUUUGUCCACAUGGAGGAAGAUUUUGGCCGUUUUGGGGUUAAGCUGGAGUGGCUGAUGAUUCACCGCAUUCUUAACCACAGUGUUGAUAAGAAGAACAACGUUCAUUACUUGAUCAAAUGGAGAGAUCUCCCUUAUGACCAGUCAACCUGGGAAAGUGAAGAUCUGGAUAUUCCAGAGUACGAUACGUACAAACAGAUAUACUGGAAUCACAGAGAGCUGAUGAUGGGUGAGGAGGGAAGACCUGGUAAGAAGCUCAAGAAAACGGUCAAAGUGAAAAAGGCAGAACGGCCUCCUGCUAAUCCAGUUGUAGAUCCCACCAUCAAGUUUGAUCGGCAGCCUGACUAUCUGGACAGUACAGGAGGCACGCUGCAUCCCUACCAGCUGGAGGGGUUGAACUGGCUCAGGUUCUCAUGGGCUCAGGCCACCGACACCAUCCUGGCAGAUGAGAUGGGUCUAGGCAAAACGGUUCAAACAGCUGUAUUCCUUUACUCUUUGUAUAAGGAGGGUCACUCCAAAGGUCCCUUCCUGGUCAGCGCUCCUCUGUCCACCAUCAUAAACUGGGAGAGAGAGUUUGAGAUGUGGGCGCCUGAUAUGUACGUGGUUACUUAUGUGGGAGACAAAGACAGCAGGGCUGUUAUCAGAGAGAAUGAGUUCUCAUUUGAGGGAAAUGCAAUCAGGGGAGGGAAGAAGGCUUCAAAGAUGAAGAAAGAUUCAACAGUGAAGUUCCACGUUCUGCUGACAUCGUAUGAGCUGAUUACCAUUGAUCAGGCUGUGCUGGGCUCCAUUGAAUGGGCCUGCCUGGUUGUUGAUGAGGCUCACAGACUCAAAAACAACCAGUCCAAGUUCUUCAGAGUAUUAAACAACUACUCGCUGCAACACAAGCUCCUGCUGACUGGGACUCCUCUUCAGAACAACCUGGAGGAGCUUUUCCACUUGUUGAACUUCUUAACACCAGAGAGAUUUAACAACCUUGAAGGGUUUCUGGAGGAAUUUGCAGACAUUGCCAAAGAGGACCAGAUCAAGAAGCUCCACGACAUGCUGGGACCACACAUGCUCAGGAGGUUGAAGGCUGAUGUGUUUAAACACAUGCCUUCAAAGACUGAGCUCAUUGUCCGAGUGGAGCUGAGCCCCAUGCAGAAGAAGUACUACAAGUUCAUUCUGACACGCAACUUUGAGGCGUUGAACACUCGAGGAGGUGGAAACCAAGUGUCUCUGCUCAACGUUGUCAUGGACCUUAAAAAGUGCUGCAAUCACCCCUACCUCUUUCCAGGAGCUGCAACAGAAGCUCCCAAACUUCCAAACGGCAUGUAUGAAGGCACUGCCCUGACCAAAGCUUCAGGGAAACUGAUGCUUCUUCACAAGAUGAUGAAGAAGCUGAAAGAGGGAGGCCACAGGGUUCUGAUUUUCUCCCAAAUGACCAAGAUGCUUGACCUGCUGGAGGACUUCCUGGAGAAUGAAGGAUAUAAAUAUGAGAGAAUUGAUGGUGGAGUCACAGGCAACAUGAGACAGGAGGCUAUUGAUCGUUUUAAUGCUCCAGGAGCUCAGCAGUUUGCCUUCCUCCUUUCAACCCGAGCUGGUGGUUUGGGUAUUAAUCUUGCAUCUGCUGACACAGUCAUCAUCUACGACUCAGACUGGAACCCCCACAAUGACAUACAGGCUUUCAGCAGAGCUCACCGUAUUGGCCAAAACAGGAAAGUGAUGAUCUAUCGUUUUGUUACCAAAGCAUCUGUAGAGGAGAGGAUCACACAGGUAGCAAAGAAGAAGAUGAUGCUCACACACCUGGUGGUGCGGCCCGGGCUUGGUUCUAAGACGGGUUCCAUGUCAAAGCAGGAACUAGAUGAUAUUCUCAAGUUUGGAACUGAAGAGCUGUUCAAGGAUGAAGUUGGAGAUGGAGACAACAAAGAGGAUGACAGCAGCGUGAUCCACUAUGACGAUCAGGCAAUUGAGCGUUUGUUGGACAGGAACCAGGAUGCCACAGAGGACACUGAGCUUCAGAGCAUGAACGAAUAUCUCAGCUCUUUUAAAGUGGCCCAGUAUGUGGUAAAAGAUGAAGAUGACGAGGAGGAGGAGGUAGAAAGGGAAGUGAUCAAGCAGGAGGAAAGCGUUGAUCCCGACUACUGGGAGAAACUGCUUCGACACCACUAUGAACAGCAACAGGAAGAUCUAGCCCGCAAUUUGGGCAAAGGCAAACGUACUCGAAAGCCGGUCAACUACAAUGACGGCUCCCAAGAGGACCGAGACUGGCAGGAGGAUCAGUCUGAUAACCAGUCUGAUUACUCGGUGGCGUCAGAGGAGGGAGAUGAGGACUUUGAUGAGCGCUCUGAAGCUAAUAACCGCAGACCAAACCGCAAAGGGUUGAGGAACGACAGAGACAAACCUCUGCCUCCUCUGCUUGCCAGGGUGGGGGGGAAUAUUGAGGUGCUGGGCUUCAAUGCACGGCAGAGGAAAGCUUUCCUCAAUGCAGUUAUGCGUUAUGGGAUGCCUCCUCAGGAUGCCUUUACCAACCAGUGGCUGGUUCGGGACCUGCGAGGGAAGUCUGAGAAAGAAUUUAAGGCAUAUGUGUCUCUGUUUAUGCGUCAUCUUUGUGAACCGGGAGCUGAUGGAGCUGAAACCUUUGCAGAUGGUGUCCCACGCGAGGGUCUGUCAAGGCAACACGUGCUCACUCGCAUUGGAGUGAUGUCACUUAUAAGGAAGAAGGUUCAGGAGUUUGAACAUGUGAAUGGACAAUGGUCAAUGCCCUGGAUGGCAGAGCUGGAGGAGAAUAAGAGAGCGGCAGCUUUGGCUGCAGGUGAAGAUCCCAAAACCCCCUCCACUGGAACACCUGCAGACACGCAACCCAACACUCCUGUCCCAGAGGAUUUGUCUAAAUCAGAAGACAAAGAUGAAAUGAAGAAAGGAGAGGAUGGCAAAGUUGCUAAAAAGGGUGAUGACCCAGAGAUUAUUGAAAUCCCAGAUGAAUCAGAAAAAUCUCCUGCUUCUGAAAAGAAAGAGGACCCUGCAGUCGAGGAGAAAGUAAAACAAGAAGGAGGUGAAGGGAGGGAGAAAGAUGCUGAGAACAUGAGCAAAGAGAAGGAAGAGAAGGCCAAAGCUGCUGCUGAGAGGGAAACCUCUGCCAAUAACAAGGGUGAAGGUUCAGACAGCAGGAUGGAUUCAGAGGAGGACAAGUCAAAAGCUGAAGAUGGCAAAGACGAUAAGAUGGAUACUACUUCACCAACAGAGGAGAAAAAAGAGCAAAAGGAGGAAAAAGACGGAACAAAAACGGAUGAUUCUGGAAAACUGCAGAAUGGCGAGAACGGCAAAGAGGGAGGAACAGCUGCAUCUGCAGUCAACAUCAAUGAGGAGAAGAAGAAGGCCUCCAAGCAGCGGUUCAUGUUUAACAUCGCUGACGGCGGGUUCACAGAGCUUCACUCUCUGUGGCAGAAUGAAGAGAGGGCCGCCACCGUCACCAAGAAGACUUAUGAGAUCUGGCACCGCCGCCACGACUACUGGCUCUUAGCGGGAAUUAUACAACAUGGUUAUGCUCGAUGGCAAGAUGUGCAGAACGAUGUGCGGUUUGCCAUCAUCAACGAGCCCUUUAAAGGGGAGAUGAGCAGAGGGAACUUCCUUGAGAUUAAGAAUAAGUUUCUGGCCCGACGGUUCAAGUUACUGGAGCAGGCGUUAGUGAUUGAGGAACAGCUGCGUAGGGCAGCCUACCUGAACAUGACGGAGGACCCAGCUCACCCCUCCAUGGCACUCAACACUCGCUUCAGCGAAGUUGAGUGUCUUGCAGAGUCCCAUCAGCAUCUCAGCAAAGAGUCCAUGUCUGGAAACAAGCCUGCCAAUGCAGUGCUGCAUAAAGUUCUUAAACAGCUGGAGGAGUUGCUGAGCGACAUGAAAGCCGAUGUCACCCGCCUGCCGGCUACCAUUGCCAGGAUACCCCCCGUUGCCGUACGGCUGCAAAUGUCCGAGAGGAACAUCCUCAGCAGAUUGGCCAGCCGGGGCCCUGGUCACAGCUCAGAACCAAUCCCAGACAUCACAGCAAAUGCAGGUGCCACGCUGACCAAUCCCAACGCACCUUUUCUUUCCUUUUUUGCUCUUUGACUGAUGCCGAGUCACGCUCACCUCACCGCCAUGUAGCAGACGUCCUUUAUUUUAAUCACCAUGUACAGCACGGUCAGGUCUGUCCCCCUUGCUCUGCACCUACAACUUGUCUCCGGAACAUCAGCUGUGCAGUUGGACUUUAUAUGGAAAGGAGUAGAGAUGUUGUUACAUGAUGGAAAAUAAAUCCAAACAUUUCUUCUUCUGGGAUCAGAUUAAUCUCUUCCGUUCUGAGCACUUUUGACAGCUAAAGAUCCACAUUUCCUGACUGCAGGGUUUAAUGUGUGUGUAGUAAUAAACAGAAGGGCAUGAAAUCGGAGCAAAAGCAUCAUGUUUGAAGUUUUCCGGUUCCUUUGUAUUAACUUUUAGAUUGCUGAAGGAUUUUACUUUGUUUAUUUUCACCUAUAGGAACUUGUGAAACUUUUAUCAUUUUUGUUAGAUUCUGUCAGACUAAAAUGUUGUCUCUGCAGUGCUACCAGGAUGGGUGUGUGUGUGUGUGUGUGUGUGUGUGUGGGUGUGUGUGUGUGUGUGUGUAUGAUGGAAGCAUGUUUCACACACAGCAUUUUAAUAUAUCCUACUGCAGAAUGCCUCGUCACUGACAGUCCCUUCCUGUCAUUGAUGCGUGAGUCUGUCGGUUCUUUUACCACCUCUUGUUUCCGUCCUCCCAGCUGCCCCAUCAGGUGAGCUGAUCUGGGACCAGCUCUUUGUCUACAUACCCCAACUAGAACCAUGACAUUCCCAACACAGAUUUGCUCAGCUAUUUCCUAAAAAAAAAAAC